AUGAUGAGAGAGCUGGUCUCUGCAUACCGCCGUCUUCGUGACACCUUGCGGAAAAACGGCAUCAUCUCGCAUCAUGACCUUCCGGAGACUGUGCGAGAUGACGAGCUGGCCUGCAGUGAUGCUUUGGCUCGGUCGGUCGGCUUUUCUAUUGCAGCAAUUGAGAUUCAGCAGCGCGGGGUGGAAGCGGACUAUGGAAUGACCUUACUCGAGAAGAUUCCUGAACAAGUCCUCACGCACCUGCGCAUCCUGACUGAGACCGUAACCACUUUCAUUACUGUCGGUGGGCUUAGAGAGGCUGGCGAUAACAGGAUCGACACUGAGUUCCGGCGAGACAGCGAACGUCAACAUUGCCAGUUGUUCAUUGCGCAGUAUAAGGGAGCCGAAACCGACAACGCCAGACAACCUUUUCAGGAGUAUCCACCGCUUCUUAGCCAAGAUCCUUUCGUGUUCUUGUGCGAAUGUGUCUUUGGCGUUAUCCCUGCACAGAAGUUUGAGAUCGCCCACAUCGUGAGGCUUUGCUACCUUGCCGAGAUCAUCAAAGUGGUUUACCACAUGGGUCGCAACAUGCCUGCCACCAUGUGGCUGUCGAAGAUCUUCAGCGACCGCAAAGACGAAAUGUCGCCUGAACUGGCUAACUUCGCUUCCUUCUGCGAGACAGUCGUACGAAUGGACCUGGGCUUCUCCGAGAGCUACAGGGUCCAAGGCUCUGAUGGGGAAAACAAGGCGUUUGACCAACCUGGAUUGGACAGCUGGGAGGGUUGGUACCGGUUCAUCAGGAACUACGCACUCACUUUCCUUCGCAAGUGCGCCAUCCUGCUUUACGCAAGGUACAACGUCGACUUCAACAGCCGCGUCUCGCCCAAUCCCGAACAGAAGGAGCUCGAGCGCCUUACGGAGACACUGAAACUCCCCUCGUUUGACGCAAUGCUGGCUUCUCUCACGCCGAACUCCGGAAUCUCCCAGCUCGUAUCUGGCUGGAUAGAGCAUCAGACGUCCUGGGAUGCAGAACAUCCAACCCUUGCCGCUGACAACAAGACCUUGUUGCCGCCUUCUGCAGUGCUGAGCCACCCCGGCAUAUUCGAGCUUGUCGGACUUCCCAAGAACUAUGCUACGCUCAUAGAAGAGUGUACGCGGAGGAAGUGUCCAACCAAGGGCAAAGACAUUUCCGAUCCCAUGCUCUGUCUCUUCUGCGGGGAUUUGUUUUGUGGCCAGAGCAUCUGCUGCGCGGUGGAGGAUAGGGAAGUCAGGGGCAAGACCAUGCGGAUUGGCGGAUGCCAGCAACACAUGAGAAAAUGCCAAAAGAAUGUAGGACUCUUCCUCAAUAUUCGUCGCUGCUGCAUCUUCUACCUCCAUCGCCUGUCAGGGUCCUUCAGCAACGCACCCUACAUCGACAAGUACGGCGAGGUGGAUCUGGGCCUCCGUCAUGGACGGCUGCUCUACCUCCACCAGAAGCGGUAUGACUCCAUGUUGCGCAACCUGUGGCUCAGCCAUGGUGUCCAGAGCUUUAUUAGCCGUAAACUGGAGGGGGACAUCAACAAUGGCGGGUGGGAGACACUGUAA